AAAGCACGUCUGGUGCCAUUUUGCUACUAAUGGCACCACGCAAAAUGUACAAUUUCCCAUUAGAAUAUUAGGAAAAAAUUUAACUAACGUGGAUCAAUAGGGUGGUGUUUAAAAGAAAAUCCACAUUUUCUCAGCAGCCAAACAGAAAAACAAUGGCCACUUUUUCUAUCUCUUUCCUUCACUUUCUUCUCUUAUUUCUUGCUUUUACCUCUGUCAGCUUGUCUUCUCCAUUAUCAAACCAACCAAAAACCUUCAUAAUCCACACUUCAAAGUCACAUAAACCGGUUCUUUUUAACUCUCACCAUGACUGGUACCACUCCAUUAUCAAUUCUCUCCCUUCUCCUCCUCACCACCAAGCCAAGAUCCUCUACACCUAUAACCACGCCGCCAAUGGCUUCUCCGCCCACCUAACGCCUUCUCAGGCAUCAAUACUACGCCGUAUUCCGGGCAUUAUCUCUGUUAUACCAGACGAAAUUCGCCAGCUUCACACAACACGUACUCCUCAUUUCUUAGGCCUUUCUUCUAGUUACGGUCUCUGGCCUAAUGCUGCUUAUGGUGAUGACGUUAUCAUCGGUGUUCUUGAUAGUGGUAUCUGGCCUGGACAUCCUAGUUUCUCGGACAAGGGUUUGACUUCUGUUCCUGCUCAUUGGAAAGGUGUUUGUGAGACAUCUGCUGAUUUUCCUGUUGGUUCUUGUAAUAAGAAACUUAUUGGCGCUAGAGCUUUUAUGAAAGGGAUUCUUGCUUAUCAAGGGAAAAACGUAAAUGGAUCGUCUGAUUCACAAUCUCCUAGAGAUACUUUAGGCCACGGAACACACACUGCAUCAACUGCUGCGGGUUCUUUAGUCCAAAACGCGAGCUUUUUCCAUUAUGCACAAGGCGAAGCUCGAGGAGUGGCGUCCAAGGCUAGAAUCGCAGCUUAUAAGGUUGGUGGGAGCGGGGGCGUUUCUGACUCUGACACUCUUGCUGCUAUGGAUCAAGCAAUAUCAGACGGUGUUCAUAUUAUUUCUUUAUCUGUCGGUACUAAAGGUUAUGCUCGUGAAUAUGAUGAAGAUUCAAUAGCCAUCGGUGCUUUCGGAGCUACACAGCAUGGAAUCAUCGUCUCUUGCUCGGCUGGUAACUCCGGUCCAGGUCCUUCUACUGCGGUAAAUAUCGCGCCUUGGAUUCUUACUGUUGGUGCUUCCACCAUUGAUAGAGGGUUUCCAGCUGAUGUUCUCCUCGGCGAUGGGAGCCUCUUCAGUGGAGCAUCUCUUUAUUCCGGUAAGCCACUUCCUCGUUCUAAGAUUCCAUUAGUAUAUGGUGGUGACGUUGGAAAUAAGUAUUGCUUAACGGGUAGUUUAAGUCCAUUGAAAGUCCGAGGAAAAAUUGUGGUAUGCGAACGAGGAAAGAAUGGGAGAGCAGAGAAAGGAAGCGCGGUGAAACUUGCUGGUGGGGUCGGAAUGAUAUUGGUAAGUGUUGGCGAAGACCUUAUUGCUGAUUCUCAACUUAUUCCCGCUGCUACAGUUGGUGCAUUUGAUGGAAAAAAAUUAAGAGAGUACAUCAAAUCGCACGAAUUUCCUACUGCAACAAUUGUUUUUCAUGGAACAGUCACUGGUAAUUCACCUUCAUCUCCUCAAGUUGCAGCCUUUUCAUGCCGCGGUCCGAAUCGUAUAACACCUGAGAUUUUAAAGCCUGAUGUUAUUGCUCCUGGGGUCAAUAUCUUAGCCGCCUGGACAGGAGCUGCUGCACCAACAGGUUUAGACAUUGAUCCUAGAAGAGUUCAAUUUAACAUAAUUUCAGGCACAUCAAUGGCCUGUCCACAUGUUAGUGGAAUUGCAGCUUUGCUUAGAAAGGCUUAUCCGAAUUGGUCUCCGGCUGCUAUAAAAUCAGCUAUAAUGACUACUGCUUAUAACUCGGAUAAUUCUGGAAAACCCAUUGUUGAUCUUGCUAGUGGUGAAGAGGCAACACCUUUUGUUCGUGGUGCUGGCCAUGUCGAUCCCAAUAGUGCUCUUGAUCCUGGACUAGUGUACGACAUGGAAAUCAGUGAUUACAUCUCGUUUCUUUGCUCAAUCGGGUAUGAUUCCAAGCGAAUUGCAGUUUUUGUUAAGGAGGCUACAAGUUCUGAUAUUUGCAACGAGAAAUUGCCUAGUCCGGGCGAUCUUAACUAUCCAUCGUUUUCUGUUAUACUGAAAUCGUACUCUGAUGUGGUUACGAAUAAAAGGGUGGUUAAGAUUGUUGGAAGCUCUCUUGAUGCGGUUUAUGAGGCUAAGGUCCAUGCUCCUGAAAAUAUAGACAUUAAAGUCUCGCCGAGUACGCUUGUGUUCAGCGCAGAAAAUCAAAGUUUGUCGUACGAGAUUACGUUCUCAAGUUCUGCCAGCUCGGGUUUGUCUAGUGUCGAUCAAAGUUUCGGGUCAAUUGAAUGGAGUGAUGGGAGUCACAUUGUUAGAAGUGCUAUUGCUGUGAAGUGGUUACAAGGUCAAGGAGAGUCUAAGGCUUCCAUUUGAGCUGUAGAUUGGGGACUGUUUAACUGUUAAACACUCAGAAAUUAGCAUUUGAUAUGGGAAUUUGAAUUUCUUGAAAUAUGCCUACUGUAUGCUUGAAUAAAAGUGUUUCAGUAGUCAUUCCAGUUAAUGUAUUGGCAUUUGAAAGAAAUAAUAUUUGUGUUUUUUUCA